UGUGCUGAUAUCGUUCUGGUAGUCCAUGCUGAAAUGUGGUUACUUUGAAUAGAUUCUUUUGAAAUUAAUCAAAUACUCAUGGUUUCGAGCUCUCGUAGAUAAACGGUUUGGCGUUCCGCGUUUGGUCAAACUAAAGGUCUCUAUUGAAGAUGCUGAUGACGGGGGCGAGUGUCUUGUCAGCUGGUUGCAUGGACAAAAUAUAAUUCGCGCGCGGGAGUCAGCUGUCAAGGUCAUAAUCGUGGUAAAGUUAACUGAGAUUCAUCGUCAUCAUCAGUGUUGGUAAACUGGAUUUAAAUCGACGUUGUUCGUCCCUAGGCUAUAGAUACCAGUUUUGUUCACUCCUGAAAUAUCUGUUAGUCCAUGCAGUGGUUAUUCAAAGAUCAUGAAGAAGUUGUCAAGCAUUUUCUUGGUUUGCUUGUGUCUGGAUUUUUCAUUCAUCACGCUUGUUAAUAGCCAGCAAUGCGAUAAAGCAGAAUGUGGAUGUCAAUUUAGCAAUGGAUCGGGAGUGUAUGAAAUUUCAAUGAAAGGAAUUAGUCGCAAUACUACUCAUCCAUUUUUUACAGAUGUACCAGGUGCAGGUGACUGGAUUUAUUCAAUUGAUCCUUGCUAUGGAUAUUAUGAAAAUUCUGAUUGCCAACGUGUAGCAAUGUGUCGAAUGAAUUCGGAUAGAACAGAAUUCAGUACUGUUGCUAAACCAUUGAUAACGAGUUAUGGUGUUUUUGAAGAAGGCAAACCACUUCGAGUUACUUAUGCAACGUAUAACAGCACGAAGGAUGAUACAGUAAGACAAUUGAUUAUAAACCUGAAUUAUGGAGUUGAUGUCGGGACGUCAAAGGUUUCCCAACGUAAAACAUCAUCAAGCGUAGAUCAAUUUACAAUAGACAUAACAUCACCCAGUCUUCGUCCAAGGUUAGUUCAACCAGGUUCCAGGAGCUCUUCGUCAAGUGGUGGAGGUCUCAGCAUUGGCAGUUAUAUCAUUAUUGUCUUUUUUGUGGUUCUGCUAAUCUAUCUCGUGUUUGGGGCCGUAUUUAUGAAGUUUAGAAGAGGUGCGACUGGGAUAUAUAUUAUACCCAAUGUUGGUUUUUGGGCAUCGCUUCCAGGAUUGAUUAAGGAUGGUUUUAUUUUCACCGGCAGAAAAGUGAUAGGAUUAUGCGGGUAAUGCAUAUGUGGUCCGUGAGAUGACUACAUGGCGAUGAAUCGCAAUGAGCUUACUAACAAUACUGCCAGUGCAACUUGGUGUUGGUAUGACUGUCUGGUAACACGCUAAAAGCCUAUUAAAAUCACGGUGAAUAUUUGCAAAAGUUGCAAUAUUUUAGCUGGCUUGACUGGAUCUUAUUGUAAAAUAUAGCAACUGUAACAUAUUUAGCUAAAAUUAGCUAAAAAAUUUAUCCGUAUUUGAUGUUUGAAUAGACUGGUAUUUACUGCAUAAUUUAGUAUAAAAUUACAUUAGUAAAUGAUGAGUUCAAUUACAUUUUAACAUUAUGUUUGUUAUUAUUGUAAACUAAUGGUUUAAUAUUUUACCAAGCUCAAAUGAGUUCAAAUGGACCUUUCGUGUAGAAAAGACCUGAAAAGACCCAGCCUUUCAAAGCGCCCGGGUACGAGGCUGGAAAAGACCGCUAUGAGCUAUAUAUAGUGGAAAAUGAAAGUCAACCGAUCUCGU